UCCAUCUCUACUCCAAUUUCACUCGAAUUCUUUAAAGUCUUUUACUGCUACUUUAUCAGCCGCAAUGUCUUCCUCUGAAAGCAACAAGAUCAUUUUCUACGCUGCUGCCGGUUGCCCCUUUGUUCAACGCGCUGAGAUUGCUUUCAAAGAAAUCGAUCUUGAGCACGAACGUGUAGAGAUUGACUUGGCUAACAAGCCAUCUUGGUACAAGAACAUCAAUCCAGAAACUAAGGUUCCUGCUGUUACAGUUGCUGGCAAGAACAUUGCCGAGUCGCUUAUCAUUAUCGAGCUCGCAAACGAUUUGAAGUCUGAGAAAGGAUUGAUGCCCGAUGAUCCAACGAAGCGGGCUCAAAUUCGCUUUGCUAUUGAGCAUUAUUCAUCCAAGAUCAUUUCGACUUGGGCGAAUUAUAUGCGAAAUUUCAAAGAUGGUGACCGUCAAUCAUAUAUUGAUACACUCGAAGCUGCAUACAGUCGUCUCAACGAGUUGCUACUGGAACAAGCACCUUCUGGUCCUUACUUUCUCGGAACUGAAUACUCUCUUGCAGAUAUUGCCAUCGCGCCGUUUGUAGCUCGCAUUGCCGCUAUCAACUACGCAUUCAUGGACGGACUUGAGCUUGAGGCUGUGAAGACGCAUUCUCGCUUGCAAGAAUUCAUCAAAGGAUGCACAAGCCGUCCUUCAUUCCAGGAAACGUACACUGGUGACAAUGCUUUUGUUGAAGGAGUCAAGGCUAAAUUGGGACUUCAAUGAAAUCGGUAAAUAUCAAAUAAAUGAUUGUUCUCUUUUUGCAUGGCACCCUAUGCAUUGGUAGAGUACGUAAAAAAAGUCACUUAUCUCCUUCAAUAUUAGAAACACUAACACACUUUCAUUGUGACAUCCUACAUUAUAUGUUAGUUGCAGCAGUAAAUUGAAAUACCUAUCACGCAGUCGGUAGUCGGUAUACCUUCACAAUGAUUAUCUCAAUAAAAUGAACGUUACCAUAUGUUUACGGUUAUAUAUACUGUAUAGUAAAUAAAGUGAUUGAAAACUAGGUAGAAAUUAAAAGUACAAUUUACCAGUAUUGAUUAUGUAGGUAUUGAACUCUGUAAGC